GUCAGAGCUGUUCACUUCCUGAUAUAAAUGCUAAAGAAGUAAACCGUCCUUCAAUUGCAUGAGAAGAAUUUCACAGUCAAAUGGCUGCAACCAGUUGGGAGGUAUGGGAUCUAUCAGGACAAAAACUGAAGUACCUUCCUCGGGACCUUCUGGCACCAGUUACUUUGUGUACAAGUGUGGACUUGCAGAGGAACAAACUAAAACGUGUCACCGGCAUCUCCAAAAACACCAACAUCACAGAGCUUAAUCUGUCCAGGAACAAGAUAAUCGAGUUUUCUCAAGAAAUCUGCAACUUGGAAAAUUUACAGACACUCUAUAUAAAUCAUAACUAUGUCAGAUCAAUUCCAGAAGGAAUCUUCCCGCAUCUUAGAAAUUUAAAGUUCCUAAAACUCAGCACCAAUCGACUGGCUAGGCUUCCUUCAGAUAUAAACCAGUGUACCAGUCUUACUUACCUGGAUCUUUCCAAAAACUGCCUGCAAAACAUCGAACCACUAGUUGGGCUACCAAAACUUAGGGAGCUAUUGGUUGAGAAGAACCAGCUGACAGAGCUACCAUCCCAGCUUUUCCAGAAAGGCAGCUGUGAGCUGACCAAGUUCAAGGCCAUGGGUAAUCCACUAAGGUGUCCACCAGAGGAAGUCUGUGCUGGAGGGGUCAUGGACAUUCAGAGCUACUUCCUUCAAUUGGAGGAGAACCCCAAUGCGCACACUGCCUGGACAGUUAAAGCAAUGUUUCUGGGCUCUUCCAUGGCUGGGAAAUCUACACUCUGCCGCAGCCUUAGGGAAGGGAAGCCUGUGGCAGUUGCAAUGAAGGAUCGGACAGAAGGAAUAGAUAUCACUCAGCUGUACACCCAGGAAGUCCGCUUCCUUCUCUGGGACUUUGCAGGGCAGGAGGAGUACUAUCUGACACAUCAUGUCUUUAUCACACCAAGAGCACUUGUUAUCCUUACUGUCAAUUUGGCCAGCUAUAGCACUGUAAACCCAGAGUCUUUCAAAGACCAGAUUUGGUUCUGGUUAAACAACAUACAGUUACGUGUGCCAGAUGCAGUGGUCAUGCUUGUAGGAACACACUGUGAUCAGUGCAGAGACCUGGAAGAGGUAAUGGAGAAGAAGAAAGACAUUGAUGAGAAGGUUAACAUAAUGCUGGCAAACAGAAAGAUGGUUUUAAAGUACCAGAAGAAAAAUCUGGAAGAAAAUACAGACACAUUUCUCUACAUGGAUCAAGUGGAUGAGAUUGAUUCCCUUUUAGACUACAAUUUGAAGGUGUUGGAUCUUCUAACUCUUGACUGCACAAAGAUUGAGGAUAUUGUAAGAUUCAGAAGUCAUAUUUUGAAAUGCAUUCAAUCAGAAAGCGCUUUCUUGUGUUCUGAGACCAUCUUACCACAAAGUUACGAAGAAGUGGAACAAGCCAUCCACACACUUGUUACACUAGAACAGAUUCCUCAACAUGGUAUUAUUCUACUUGAAGAACUUGGUGAUUUAAUAAUGAACCAUGUAACACAGAGCAGAGAGCACCUCCACUCCAUAUUGCAAUUCCUCUUGCGAUAUCUGCACAGAAUUGGGGUUAUUAUUUGGUAUGAAGAUAUUGAUGUGCUAAGUGACCGAGUGUUUAUCCAGCCUUCAUUCCUCAUUUCUAUGUUCAAGACCAUUGUGAGACAUGACCUGGUGCAGCAGCUUGAGGGAAUCUCAAGAGACCUACUCAUGCAAGAAGGAGCUCUAAUGAAACAAAAGUUCAUCUGGGUGGAGGACUUGCGGUCCAGAGGCACCCUGCACAAUGCAGCCCUCCGCAUUUUAGUCCGGAGGGAGUUAGAGAAACUGGUCAUAGAUGAUGAUGACUUGGUCAGAGAGGUAGUAGGAAACAAAAGGGAGGAAGGCAUCAUUCUCACCCUGUUGCAGCACUUUGAGGUUUGCCUCCCAACUCUUGUCAGAAGCCCCAUGAACCCCCAAGCACCAGAGUUCAUUCCAGGAGAAAAGCACUGGGAGUCAGGCAGGGAGUCGAAGAGAGACCCUGAUGGAGCUUGCCUCUUCCCCAUUUAUCUGAAGGAUGACCUCAUAGUAUGUCAGAAAUGGGGUGAGAACAAACAGGAUGAUCUCAGAGUGCACGUGUACAUCCUUCCUGAGGUUCCACAUGGCUUCUUUCACAGACUGAUCAUUAAGACGUGUUCUCUUUACUCGACUCACUGGGUGGGAAAGGAGCAGUGUCUCCUCUGCUGUGGAAACAGACUUGCUCUGUUUAGACAGGGGGACAAUGAUGGAGAUUCGUUUAUAGAGAUACGCUGCCGAAGACCUGAAAAGGAUGAAGAGUUUCGGCAGAUGUGGGAUCUGAUCUUGGCAGUGAUGUCCAAGCUGUUUGGGCUGUCAAGGCAGUGGCCGGGACUGACCCAGCAGGUGCACACACCCUGUCCAGAGAGAGGCUGUCUGCAUUAUUUUACCUGGAGGGACUGGCAGGAAUUGAACAACACCAACCUUUACAGUCUUGUGAAGGAGGAAAAAUUAGUUUGCCAGGGAGGCCAUACACGACGAACAGAACUGAUUUUUCCAAAAGCUGCCACUUUGCAGUGAUGACUAUGAAAAUGACGUCAAAGAAGACAAACAGCAUCACAACCUCUUCAGCAAUUUUAAAGUGGCAAAAUGUUUUUUGUGCUAGCCAAUUUUAUCUCCUUUUUUAGGUGACUGAUAUGAGUAUUAUUUGGAAACUAUUUUGUGGCAAGUGUCACUCUGAGUAUGAGGUUCAGGGCUGAGGCUGAUUUUGUAACAGCUGUUUUGCAAUAGAUGUAUUACAAAAUACUCCAGAAGACUACUUGCAUUUCUGUUUUUAAUAUGCAGCGUUUCAGUGUUUAUGUGUACAAUGGCAGCCUCUGCUGGCCCUUGACGACUGUCGUCUAUGUUUGUUUUUGUGAAGACAAGUUGUACACCUUACAGUGUUACAUGACAAAUUACGACUGCUGCAUGUAAAAUAUUUAAGCUGAUCUUUAAUAAUAUGAUAGUCCAAAUCAAUCCGGUCCUGUAAAAACUCCUGAUAUCUGCUUGCCACCCCUGUAUUUCUCUAGUUUUUCAUCAGGUCCUCAAAACUCUCUUCUAGUGCUGGCUAAUGCUGCUGCCUUCAGGGUCUACUCGUAAAUGUCUUGAAGAAGGUUUUAUUGUUUAAUCCUUGUAGUCAAAAGAAAUUACAUGUUAUUAUCACACAGACUGUCGCUGUCAUGUAAAAAAUACACGUCAGAUUAUCAGAUAUUUUUGUAGCCUUUUUUGUAGCCACUCGUGCCUGUAUGGAAACAAGGUUCUCACAGUAAACUGAACUGUGUAGUCUGAGGGUAACCAGAUAGAACGGAGCCCAGUGAGUUAAACGUCCUAUAGCUCAUAUAGCAGUAAUUUUCUGUUCUCUUCUGUCUAAAGAGGGAAAUCGACUGUCUGAAGUCUAUUUCUGUGUCUUCUGUUUUGGGAAUAACCUGCUUAAAUGUAAAUCUGACAGUUCACGUUGAAGAAUGAGGUAAUCUAAUUGAUCACCUUCUGGACGUACACAACUCACGUGUUUUUCAGAAAUAUUUAUGCAAAUGUUUAAGACCCUCCUCGAGUUCA